CUGGGCAUGCCACUUGGGGCUGGAUCCCAACGAAUCUUCUAUCGGGUCAUCCAAGAAAAUAACCGUCCAGCUCGCCGCACCCGCACGGACGUGCAAGUCGCCCGAACGCGGCACGCUGUGGCAGAAAUCAAUGGUGAUCCGCCACUCACCGAGGAUAUUUGGCGAUCGACUCGUGACGCGGACAUGCCAGUAACGACGAACGGCUUCAAGUUCAAAUCGUUGCAUGACGGUUAUAGGUUGGGCACCCACUGGGAGGCGAUUCCCAACAUGGCCUACCGCGCCCGCUGCCCCCUCUGCCGUGAGGGGAUCGAGUCCAUGGAACACAUACUUCUGGACUGUCAUAGCUCCCUUGCUCCCAUCAAAACCGUGUGGGCCCUGGCGAAAGCACUCUGUGACUUGAAAGGCAUAACUUGGCCCGAAUUGUCAUACGGACUGAUCCUGGGCUGUGGUCUUGUCAUCUUCCGUAACCCUAAGGGGAAGAAACUCACGGGCGCCUCGCGCCUCUUCAAGAUUGUUGUAUCCGAGUCCGCCCACCUGAUCUGGAAGCUCCGCUGUGAGAGGAUCCAUAAUAUGCACCAGAACCCCCCGGAAGCACACCCCCCGCUAGAGGUGGAACACCGCUGGAUACGCCGACUAAAUCAAAGGCUUACCCUAGAUACACUCCUGACCAACAGACGCCGCUUCGGCCCUCGAGCUAUCAAAGAUAAGCUGGUCCUCCAAACCUGGAGUGGCGCCUUGCUCAACGAAGAUGGGCUCUCGGACAACUGGAUCCACGAUACCGGAGUUUUAGUGGGUAUUACCUGUCGUCGCCCUCCGGGCAGGAACAGGUGA